UGUUGAUGUCACAUGGAUAAGACCGUGAGCGGCCGUCAUGGCCGCGAUUGAACGGAAUCGCGGAUGAGACGUAACAGUUUUAGAGCAGUGUUCGAGAGAACGUGGGCCAAAAUUUACCAAAUGGUUAUGUCUACGGAUUUACCCUCAGGUGGAAACAUGGAUCAAACUCAAGUGAAAUCUGACGUGCCUUUUGUUGGAAACAAACCGCCGACAUCCUCCUCGAGCGCCCGAUCCGAACGGCAAUUUACGCGGGUCUUGCGCUCGAAAUCGUCCACUGCCGUGAAAAAUACCAACAGCAACAACGACAUACAGAAGGAAGAGCCUCAAGAAACGGGCAAUAUUCCGUUAUCGAAGUUACCGGAGGCAGAAGUCAGUAACGAUUAUUCCAACCACAAAACCGACGCGAGCCAAGCAGCUCACUUACGUCAGCUUUUAUUGCUGCACUUAGAACUCAUUCAACAGCAGCAAGAAGAAAUACAGAAAAAAGAUAAGGAGAUUAAUCAGCUUAAAUUGGACAAAGAACAGGUAGGGGAAGGGUUAGGGCCAUUUUCAUGUCUUCGGGAGGUUUAAGUUUUACUUUCUUCAAGGGUCAUAUUUUCCCUGUUGCAUGAAAACACUCGGACAGAGACGCAUUAAUUUAAUUCUGAGAGGUCAGCGGCGGCACCCUUGAAAAUUCAAACAUGGCGCCUAUUAUUGAUCACAUGGCAUAAAUUACGUUUUAAUGUAUUCGUAUUUUACCAAACAGCGAUUUUAAACUCCCUCUCUUUAUUUUGGGGCGUAUUUAUGUUUGAGAAGUCUUGUUAACAUUUACAGACCAAAAACCAGAAUCCAAGUGGAUACAAAAAGACAAUUUUCAACAUUUCACCCCAAAUUAAAAACUUCCCCAAACUCUUCCAUGAUUUUGUAACAGUUAAAGCCAUAGCAAGGCAGUGAUUGACUUUCCCUUGCCUAUUUUUUAACUUCUUUGAAGUACUCAGAGCUUUGAACUGAGUUAAGGUCUCGGUCUGAGAUUUCCUUGUAAUGACCUCACUCUCGGUUAAUGAGUAGUACAUAAUCAACUGGCAUAUAAUUAUAUUGUGAGUUCUUGAUAAAUUUUUGCCAUCAAGGCAAGAAUUGCACAUUAUGACAGUCCCAUAAAUGUGAAUAGGCUUUGGCUUUGUCAACAAGAGAUCUGGGUAUGAAGCUGAGGUUGACCUUGUUUUGAUACAAACCUCUUUCCUUUUCUUAUGGAAAUUAUGCUUAAAAAAUGCCUGUUAGCACAAGGAUGACAUGAUUUACAAAAUAAUGUAGUUUCCACCUGUACAUGUAAAAUGGACUUUUAAAAUGAGGUGUCUUUUAAUGAAUGUUGCUUAUAAAUUUGUAGCUGACAAACUGACAAACACACAUUGCAACUCCGAAGGGUACAGUGCCCAGUAAGUGCCAGACAAAUUUUAUGCUCGAUGUUUCCUUUCUCCACGUUUUUGUCCCGUGAUCAGUAGGGAAAGAAGUCAAGAAAAAGUCGGGAACAUUUUGUGAAAAAAGUAGAGAGAAAAGUGGGGAAAUAGGUUGGGGAAAAAGUCAGGAAAAAAGUUGACAAAAAAAGUUGAGAAAAGAGUUGAGAAAAAAGUUGGGAUAAAAACUUAAAGGCAAGAAAAAAGUCUAGAAAGGAAAAAUCAAACACAAUUUUUUCAUGGCACUUACUGGGCUCAGUAGAAAAGUUCACACUCAAACCUAAUGUCAGAUUUUAAGUUAGCCUGGGAUCAUGCAUGUCCUCCCUAUAUCUCUUUUAUGUCUGUUGUGGAAAGGAGGCUAUGAUACAUUUAACAACCAGUUCAUGUGUAAUGUGGAGCACUUUCUGAUUGGUCCAGACACAAUACAUUGGGAACAGUUCUGUUUUUUUGGCUGAAGAUUAGGUUUGAUGUUUUUUUUUCUCCCCUCUCUUCUCAAAAAGAAAGAAAACGUCUUAUCAAUGGUUAGAUUUAAGUCUGACUUGUCUCUCUUUAGUACAUUAUACCAGCAAAUUCAAAGGAUCAGUGAAGGAUUUUAGUCUCCCUUGAGGAUUCUUCUUAAAACCAACUAUAAUCAAGUACAUCCCCAGUAGAAAUUAGGGGCAGUCAGAUAAAGGCAAAAUCAUUUGUCAUUUUUGUUUUCUUUGUUGAUAAUAAAAAACAAACAAACAAACAAAAGCAACAGUAACAGUAUAAACAAGAAGUAGAAAAAGCAAAACAAACAUUCUUAAACUAUUUCUUAGACUAACAUCAAUCAGUGUUUGUAUCUUUUGAUCAGUCUUAAUGUGCCUCUGGAAUGAAUGGGUGGGGGGAGGGGCACUCCCUUUUAGGCCUAGACAGGUAUGUGCCACCAAACAGUGUAUGGUUUUCAAGGUCUUUAGUCUUAAACAGGGUAUACAAUGUCACUUUUAAGUGUCUUGAACGGGUUAUCUCUCUGGACUAGAUGCCUUGAACCGUGAAAAGCUCCUUAACUCCAAAUCAAAGAAAUGAGAAAAUGUUAAAUUUGGGCCAUGUAAAGCAGGUCUUUUUUCUUAAAGAAUGUGGUGAUAUAGACAGAUUUUGACUUGUUUUAAGCAGGGUAGGGCUUGAAGGCUUUGGUGGUGCACCCCCACCCAAACUUCCUUUCAGUACCCCCCUCCCACUGAUAUUCUCUGUUAGUUCUACUGUUAUAUUUAAAGAAAUAAGCGUCAAUUACAUUUUCUUCUGAUGGAUAGAAAAUCUACUCAGUAUUUAUCCCUAAUGAAGAAAAUCUGCUUCGAAUAGCUUCGCUAUUUACAGGUAGUCUGUACUUGUAAUUUAUCGACUUUCAUGUAAAAUAAAGUUUUGUGAUUUAUUUGCAUCGGAUUCAACACAAUGCAACAUCUGAACUAGGCCUUGGAGAGGCUACUUUUUUCUUUUUCUCUCUGUUUUAGCUAUUUCCAAUAGAUUAAAGAUCUCCAAUAAAUUUCACUUUUUUUCUGUAAUUUGACAUGACAUCUAUUCUCAGCUUUUUAUUACAGUAAAGCAUGUCAAGCGUUCCUGUCGCUAGUGGACUAAUAAAUUCAUGAAUGGAAAAGUGAUUGGGUUUGUGGAUUCAAUACUCCAUCGAUUCAUAAAAUGAAUAUUCCUAUAGUCAAAUUGGACCUCGAUUCGAUAGUAAAUUUAGGGUUGAUUUGGUUUAUGAACAAAUAUACCUGUUCUUUAUUCUUGUCUGUUGUGUUCAAUCAUAUUUGCUUCCCUUUUCCUACCGUUUAUGUUUGCAUUUUCAUUGUGUUUAAUCAAAAUAACAGCUAGAAUAGACAGACGGCAAAUGCAGAAAAAACUGACCAAGGCCAAGGAUCGAAAUCCACCAAUCACUGCGCAUACACUGACCUCAGUUUGACCAUCAUGUUUUCUAAGAUGUCAGGUCUGUUGCACUUAUCACUGGCAGCCAAAUAGCAUACAUGUAAUGGUUCGUUUGGGUUUGAACUUAGGAACUCGCCCUCACUUGACUCUUAGAAAAAAGGAAGAAAAAACAAAAUUCUGAGGUCGACUAGUGGAAAGUGUCGUUCUUCAAAAAAACAGUAGCGAAGGGAACACUUGUCCUGCUUUGACUUUGUAAUAGUUUGAAAAUGUCAGCAUAACCCCAAAUUGCCCCAGUUCAGUGUAUGUUAAUUCUCUCUGUGUUUGAUGUAGUUGGAAUCUCGGAUGCACCGAUUGGAGAGAAGAAUGGCUGUAAAGAAAAGAAGGGAUGCAAGUGAAGGCUAUGAUGAUCUCCUUGAAGAAAGACAAUUAAAACCAGCAACUCCUAAAAGGUAAAGAUACCCUACAAAACAUGUCUUAAUUUUAUGAAACUCGAGCAGCACAGUGCAGUGUGAGGAGGGGUCAGGUAGGGUACAGCAGAGAAGUGCUCACUUAAAAUGUCUUAAGUAUUUUAAGGUAUGGAAAAUUUUUUCUACUCUUCAAAGAAAAGCAUAGUGUAAGAUAUUACAUAGGUAUUUGAGCAUUAUAAUUUUUUUAAUCAUCCAGGUAGGGUAUAGAAAAAAUACAAUAUCUACUCUGGAUUUAAUUCAGUACAGCAGUAAAUGGUAUUUGCAUAAGGAUUUGCAUGUUAAAUAAUAUUGUUUUAUAAUAAUAUUACUUAUCUGCUUUGUUUUCAAAUGUCACAGUCGCCGUCUAUCUGUGGAGCAAAUGGUGCGAGCCAAGCGAGUUCCAGCCACUGCAUCUGUAACCAUGACAUCACACAUGUGUGAAGACAUUAGCUAUGAUACUCAUUUGAGAACUGAGAUGCUUUAUCUUCACAAUGACUCAGUUGAACUUUCUAAGAAGAUUCCUGUAAAGCCUGUUGCCGAGAAGAGCCAAAGUCAUGUACAAGGUGAUGUAGUUUAUGCUGUAGCAGUUGCUAAGUUGGUUAAAUCCUAAAAUCCUAAAAACCAUCCAUUAUAAUAAGUAAAAACUUUACAGUCUUGUAUCCUGCACUUUCAUAUGGUGUUUACGGGUCUCAAUAUGCACAGAAGAUCAAAAAAUGUAUGGAAUUUAAUUCUAGUCAUUUGUUCAUUGCUUGAAGGGUCGUAGUUGAUUGUGUGGCUGAUAAAUCGAAACUUGAAUUAAAAAAAAGGCUACAGUUUCUAGUCUUGAAUGGAAAACGUGUCCAGUUGUGCUGCAAAUCACAUUUUAAAAUUUCAAAAUUUCAAACUUUUGUGGGGGAGCCUGCCCCCAAAUCCCCACCCCCUAGAAGAAGGGGAAUAGCAGUCCCUUAUUUAUACAGUCAGUUACUACACUCAAACCUACUUCAAUUUUUGAGCUAUUUUGAGCCAUUUUUGAGAUGAUUUUAAGUAACUCUGAAGCAUUCAAAAUAGUUUGUGCAUGUUAAACAUGCUAGCGUUUAUUGACCCCGCUUGGUGUAAAAAAUUUUACCAUCAAUUUUGGCAUCUAAGCAUGGCUAUGUACCAGAAAAACAUAAUCAGAUUAUUUUGUUAACAAAAGUAUGCUUGUUUAAGUUAACAUUUUAAGCCUGAUACUGUCUGGUGACCUUUGCAUCUAUGUUUUUCAAACAACACAAGUUUGCUUAACAGAGAUACUGACCAAUGAUCCACCAUAAUAUUUAUUUAUAGUUAUAAUAAACACCUGAAAUUAAAAUUGAUUGAGAACAUUCUAAAUCAAACUGUGAUUCAAACAAAUUAUUGAAUCCCUUUCAACUUCAUAUUUCAGUGCCAACUUGGCAGAUCAAUGAAAUUGCCCCGUCUGUGACAGUCAAACCAAAGUCAAUCAAAACAUCAGCUGCAGCAACCUGCCAUGAGAAUGUAGAGGUAUGAUAAGCAAGGCUGUGCUAAGAGAAAAAUAGAAAGGGGCUCACGGGGAUGUAGCUAAGGAAACGAUAAGCAGGCUUUUGUAUUAGGCAAGGUGGCUUUUUUACUCAACUGCAUCUUUAAAAUUCCCAUAUGCCUUUGUUUUCGUUUGCAGUUAGAGCUGGUGGUAAGCUCUAUUUCAGCUGGUGAAAUAGCGGGCAGCCAGCUAUCUGUAAGCCCAGCGCUCUGAACCUGUGAAAUCCAGUGUUCCCAGUGAAAGAUUUCUAUGAAAAAGCUAAGAUUUUGUGGUCACCCAGGAGCAGGAGUUAGGGGCCACUGAGCGCUGCCAGGGCAUAGCCUCGAAAGGGUUACAUAUUGAACUUCAAAUAGGCCAGGGUUGCCACUGUCACGGAAAAGUCAGGGAAUUUUUUAAGUGUCAGGGAAAAUCUCUGAUAUUGAGACCCAUUUCGUUGACUCCAAUUCUCUCCAAAGUCGGGGAAGAGUUUGUCGUUGACGGCUACAUCAAGCCUGCCGUCCUUGCGAAGAUUGACCAGAACCAAUAUGGAACUGUUCUGAACUCCAGCACAGUGCAUGCCCUAAUCAGCAUGCUCCACAACUGGUAUAAGAAUACUGACGGCAACGGUUCUACAGUGCGCGUGGUGCUCUUUGACUUUAGGAAAGCAUUCGAUCUCAUCGACCACGCCAUUCUUAUGGCUAAACUUACUGACUAUGAGCUACCACCUUGGCUGCUGGACUGGAUUGCAGAUUUUCUUACUGACAGGAAGCAACGAGUGAAACUCGCCCAUGAUUGCUACUCGGAUUGGGGAUCUGUCAGGGCUGGUGUCCCUCAGGGAACCAAAUUGGGGCCCUGGCUCUUCCUGGUAAUGAUAAAUGACAUCAAUGUCAAUGGCGUCAACCUUUGGAAGUACGUCGAUGACACAUCGAUGGCCGAGACAGUCCACAAGGGCCAACCAAGUGGAAUCCAAUUUGCUGUAGACGACCUAGUUAGGCAAGCCGAAAUAGAUAAGUUCCAAUUGAAUGAGACCAAGUGUAAAGAGUUGCAGAUAAGUCUCUCAAGGUCUGUAGAUCCUUUCGAAGCAGUUACUAUUAACAACAAACCAAUUGAGGUUGUAACUAGCGUAAAACUUCUUGGUCUCACAAUUUCAAACAAUCUAAAGUGGAACGCUCACAUAGAGAAUGUUAUCAAAAAAGGAGCCUCUAGGCUAUAUCUAUUAAGGAAGCUUAAGCAUGCAAAAGGAGAUCCUGCGCAGCUACUUUGUUUCUAUACUACGUGUAUCCGGCCCAUGUCUGAAUAUGCCUGCCAAGUUUUCCACAAUGGUCUGCCUGAGUAUCUCUCUGAAGAGCUAGAGAAAAUUCAGCGCCGUGCACUUAGAAUUAUUUUCUCAGAUUUAGACUAUCAAGAGGCUCUCAAAGAGUGCAAUAUUACCACCCUCCAUCAACGGCACGAAUGGCUGACAGAGCGCCUAUUCAAUGAGAUUAAGGACAACAGCCUCCACAAAUUACAUGGCCUUUUGCCGCCACGUAAUCUUAGUACUGUAGCCUUAAGGAGAAAGCGCGCUUUUAACGUGCCUCUUUGUAGAACAAAAUAAUAGACUAAUGAAUAGUUUUAUCAUGUGCAUAACGCGGCUAUUUUCUAAUGGUUUUAUUGUAAAUUCGCGGCUAUUUUCUUAAAUUUUAUGACGUAGUAUCUUUGUUCCUUUGUUUUAUUUAUUUACUGUUAUUGAUUUAUAAUAGUUAGUCUUAGUAUUCAACGUAUUGUACAGUCCGUAAUCCAGCCCUUGGGCUGCAAUGGAUUUUUAAUAAAGCUAUCUAUCUAUCUAUCUAUCUAUCUAUCUAUCUAUCUAUCUAUCUAUCUAUCUAUCUAUCUAUCUAUCUAUCUAUCUAUCUAUCUAUCUAUCUAUCUAUCUAUCUAUCUAUCUAUCUAUCUAUCUAUCUAUCUAUCUAUCUAUCUAUCUAUCUAUCUAUCUAUCUAUCUAUCUAUCUAUCUAUCUAUCUAUCUAUCUAUCUAUCUAUCUAUCUAUCUAUCUAUCUAUCUAUCUAUCUAUCUAUCUAUCUAUCUAUCUAUCUAUCUAUCUAUCUAUCUAUCUAUCUAUCUAUCUAUCUAUCUAUCUAUCUAUCUAUCUAUCUAUCUAUCUAUCUAUCUAUUGUCAAAGUCAGUGAAAAGUCAGGGAAUUCUGUUUUCCAGUUUAUAGUUCGUAAGUUUUCUUCAAGAUUUUGAAAUGCAUUUUCUUUCGGAAAAGACGAAAAGUAUGCUGAAAAGCAAACAAAGCGAUCACUUUGACACUCUAUGUCUGACACAUACAUGUAGUAGUUGUGGUCAGUGGUUUUCGUUGUGAAUGCUCUCUUCCAAAUCCCUUCUUCUGAGGGUUAUUUUGCAGCUUAAAAAAUGCCCAAUUUGUUUUCUUUUGAUCUCCUUGAUCAAAAAUAAGUAAUUUAGAAUAAAUAUUAUUUUAUUGCACAACUCCAAUAGUUUCUUCCUAGCCCCUCAACAGGUAUGUCACAUUUACAAGGUAUUAACAACUUCUCUUCUAACAUAAUUGCCACAGUUGGGCAUAACAGGAAACCUUUCUGUGGGGGUCAAUUUUUAAUGCUAGAAUGGUAUUACGGUAAGUUGAGUUGCCUGUAUCUUCAAUGUUUUCUGGUUAACAGGUUGUUGAUGAUGAAGUGUUUGUGAAGCGGCACAUGAAACAAGAACUUGAAGAGAAAAGAAGAAAAAGGUAACACUUUGUGUUAAUUGGAAAUUAUUUUAUACUAUAAAAAAGGUGUCCAUAACUGGGGCUGGCCGUUUAUGGGAAUGUUAAAAUACAGAAUUUGUAUGGGAGUUGAGAAAAACCUUGUUUUCUGAAGGUGGCCAUUAGUAGAGCUUUCUGCUUAUGAGAGUGUCCGUUAGGAGAGCUACCACUUUCUUGAUGCAGACUUGUCACUAUGCAAGUGAGCAGAAAAAGCUUGGAACCAAACAUGUAAGCCCAAGACUUGGGAAAAAUGGCAAAAGUCACAGGUUCCUCACAAAAAUCAAAUAUUUUUGUUUGGUCAAGAUAAUAAAAUAUGUUGGGUGUUUGACUUUAGUAUUAGUAAAUUGUGGGGCCAUUUUUCUUCCUUACAGAAUGGUAAGUCAAACAGCACUGCCAUUUUGGAUUUCUAUUUUAUGCCAGGGGUGCGAGGUGAAUUCUGCCACUGAACAAGCUUGAUGGGUGACGUCACAUCCAAACUUGUUGAAUGACUGGGCCAGGAGUGAGGCUGAUAUUGAUGAAAUUGUUUGCAGUGUUUAAUGGUCUGAAUAUUGUUGGUAAGGAUUUAUUUACUUUUCCUUUCUAGGUGGGACAUUCAGCAUAUGCGGGCGAUUCAAGCUCAUCAAAAUCUUGAAAAGAAAAGCAGAGAUCGUGAGGAAGCAAGAUUGAAGGGGAAAAGAACUGGAUGUAAAAGCGACUGUGAAAAGAGUGUUGAGUCUUUUCUUCCGUGUCCAGAAGAAGGUAUGCUAAGAUUAAGCUAGUUAUUGGAUAAGUGUCCUUGUCAAAUAACUUUGUUUGCUCAGGAAAGUUAUUUUUGGUUUGUUAGUGCAUGCAUUCAAGGACAUUGGACGCAUGAAAGUUGGCUCAAUUUUUCACUUUUGGUACCGCUAAAACUGUUCAUGUAUGAAUGGUACUAUAUAUCUUGUUCUAACUACCUGCCUCGAUUAGCUAUUACUACUAUGGGUAGAUAUUAAUUUUCUACUUUUCUAAUUCGUGCUAUAAUAAGUUGUUGUUGUUGCUGGAGAUUUUACAGCAUGUACUAACACAGGUAUUUACUUGGGUUGCAGUGAUGGCGGUGGAGGUAUCUGAUACUGUUCCUGUUGUUGCUUUUGGAUUUCCUGUCCCACUUUUCCACAGUAGGUAAGUUCAAUAGAAUGCCACAGAGCAAAGUAACUUCUAAUAUUGUGUUUGAUUUGCUUCUCAGUAUGUACACUUGUAUGUACAUGUAAGUUGGUGUAUGAGUGUGCUUGCAUUGACUUACGUGGAUAAAGCGGAAAGCAUAAGCUUAACACUUUCACUCAGCUAUGGUUAGUUCAGAAAAUACUCUCUUGUAAGUCCAUGGCAAUUUGACCGCUCAAGUCUUUGAUAAAAUACGACUGCUAGGUACAUGUGUAGACAGACUGCCUCCACACAAUCUACUGCAAAUUUGUGCAAAGUCCUCCACUUUUUUGACAGUUAUCAGCAAUCUCAAUGACAAAAAUUCAAUUAACACACUUACUUAUCCAUGAUUACUGCUAGUUUAUUCUUUCUCUCUUUUUUGUCAUUUUGCUGUGUUCCUUUUUUGAUAUAUAAACCUUGCUUAAUGCAUAAACCAUGGAUUUACGGAGCUGGCACCCAAAAUAUUAGAUAUGAACAAGGCUAUCACUAAGAUUUCAAGUUACUGGGCAAUUGCAAUGAGAAGCGGGGAAUCAAUCAGCUAGGGAAUUCUUUUGCUUCUGUUUUUCUUCUAUUUUCCUAUAGAAGUAGUAGUCGUGGAUCACGUUCAUAGUAGCCAGGCGAAAUCCUGUUUGAAUAUCUGUAUGGUCACUGCGGCAAAUUUACUUCAAAACUAAGUUUUGUGUUCUCAUGUCCUUAGUUAAGGCAUUAGGGUUUAGUCAUGAGAAGUGUACAUGUAACGUCUGAACUUGCCCUUCAAAUUGAGCAACGGCAGCCAAGUUUUAUGAGUGACUUGCAUUUACACUUGUAGGGAAUUUGAAGUUCCUUGGUUUAGUCUGGAUAAAAGAGAACUUAUUGAAAGAAAAGGGAAAGUAAAGCCUGGAAGAGGUCGUGGAAAAACUCGUGGAAAAAGGAAAGGAUAUUUCUAGAAAGGGUGAGUUCUAAUUUUAUUGUGGUUACCUUGCAGGGCUCAAAAUAAUGGCUAGGCAAUGGACAGUGUCUGGCCAAGUUGACCAUAUGACCAUUUGUCCAGACAAACUUUCAGUUACCAAAAAGGAUUUUUCUUCUGCUCUGGCAAACACAUUAAUUUUAGUAAAGAAAAUCCCAAAACUCAGAGCAAAAACUAAGAAAAUGAAACAAAUAUUUUGUCCAAAUCUCUGAACUUCAUCAGCCUUGUGAAUUGACAGGUUGCAUAACAGAAAAGUUACAGGGCGGACAUGCACCUUGAAAGUCCUGCCUUGAAAGUCCUUGAAAUUAGCAGUAGGUGCUGGAAAGUCCUUGAAUUUCGGUGCUAACUUUAUCCAACCCAGCAAACACCGAAAGACAUUCAGGAUAUUAAAAUUGCUUGUGUCGUGGAAGAAGUAAAAAAGACAUACACAGAAGGCUCUUUUUUGCAUCGAAUUGAGUCCUUGAAAAAUGGGAAAUGUGUCCUUGAAAGUCCUUUAAAAGUCCUUGAAUUUUUUGUUCAAAAAGUGGUAUGAACCCUGAAGUUACAUACCGUUAAAUUCUGAAAGUAAGCCCCGGAGCUUAUAUUUUUCAAAGGCCCUUUUUGAGGGGUUUAUUUUUGGAGGGGCUUAUCUAUGGAGGGAAAUUUGCAUUUCAAAAUCAAUUGGGCUAACCUAUAGCAGGGUUUGAGCUAGGAUUUGAUCACUGGGGGACAAUUUGUCCCCUUGGCUAAAUUUUGGGGGACAUUUUCAUUUUUAGGGGGACAGAAAUUUGUACACCCUUCUGCUGAUGCAAAGGGGUUUGUCUUCUUAGCAGGGCUUCUGAUAGGUCUCGGAAGAAAAAGUCAAAUUUCGUGGGAUUUUUAGGGACAAAUUCGCGGAAAAAUCGGCCGAUUGCGAGGGAGUUUUCGGGGCAAACUUCACCAAAAAGCAAUCGGUAAAAAACAGCCGAUUUUGUGGUUAUUUUCAAGGCAAAUUUCGCUAGAAAUCGAUUGGUUUUGUGCUGAUCAGACCAGCCUUUUUAACGUUUUUCUAACAGAGCUCAUCAUUUGCUCUUUCAACAACAAUACACUCCAGAAAUGAACCAAUGGCAAAGCCUUUAACAUCAUGGCUAGUGCCCAGUUUUUCACAACAUAAUCUGUUUGCACGUUUCAGUGACGAAGUUCCAAGAUAAAUUUGCAAGUUUACGGCAAGUAAAUAGCCCCUAUAGCUGAAAUAAGUUUCAAAUAUGUUUUACAGACAUGUAUUUACAGACAUGGAAUUUCGCGGUAUUUUUCGUGUUUUUGUGAAUUUCGCGGCUCCGCGACCGCGCGAAGAAUCAGAAGCCCUGUCUUAGAUUUCUGCCAAAAAUAGCAGUAGAGUGUGACUGAAGCGUAACUUUGGAAUGAACUUUAAAGGUGCGAUAAAAUAUACUUUCCACGUUCUGUUUCAGCUUGCAAUUUCUGUACUGAAAUAAAUCUCUUCGUGUGUGCUUCCUUUCGAGUUUUUUCCCUAAAUUUUGAAGGGGACAAAUUGUCCCCUUGGCCGUUUUUUAAAGGGACAAUUCCAAUUGCAGUGCGGGAUUGCGCAAUGGCACGGCCUGGCUCAAACCCUGUCUAUAGUUGGAACGAAAUUUACCAUUUUUCGCUUUGUCUUACUUUGUAUUUGAGGGCCAUUUCCAAGUACAAGCCUCCCGGGGGGGCUUAUAUUUGGAGGGGCGGUUUAUCGAAGGGGUUUUUGUGUUACGAGUUUGGGGGGCUCAUACAUGGAGGGGCUUAUUUUGGAAUUUUACUAUAUCCCCAAGAGAGAUUUGUAAAUUGCUGGUAGGUAGUUUAGUUUUCUAAUUUUUGCUCGUAGUUUUGGAAUUUUUUAUGGUCAGGUGCAUGGCUUUCAAAUAAAUAUCUGGAAAAAUAAAUUUAUUCAAUAAUUCUGUAAAUUUAAUUACAAAAACAGUUAAGUCAUGAUAUGUUUUAGGUGCUUGCAGGUAUAAAUUUGGAGAAUGCAAAUGAGAUGCCAUCUGAUGAUCUGAUGAUUUCGCGGCUUUCUGAAUGCCAAUAAUAAAUUAAUGUUUUAUAAUAAAAUUUUAUCGCUAUGUUUCAACAUUUUGACUGGUCAGAUACGAGCCUUGGCCAAGCUAUAAUUUGUUUGGCCGGUCAACACAACUGGCCACAAUUCAAAAUUACUUUGAGCCCUGCCGUGCCAAUAAUUUUUUUUCAAUAAAAUAAUACAUUUGUAUUAUCACUGCAUACAAAAAUGUGAAUAACGACAAUUUUAACAGUUUCCGGCUUCUCAUUUGGUCCAAAACUAGGAGCUAUUUUUGGUGUACUUUGUUUUUGUUCUGACACAGAUUUCAUUUUUUUUUCAGGAACCAAUUUUUUCUUGGGAUUCUUAACCAAACAGCAAAAUUCAUGGAAAUGGUUUUCACAGCUUUUUGUCAGUUCAUGAGAGAGUUGUUUUAAAGGAAAACUAAUAGGGAAAAAAAUAUGUAUUUUAAUUUCAGACUGUGUAAAAAUGUCUUCUCUGACCUCAUAAAAAGUUUUUUCUUGAGGAAGAACAGGAGAACGUACACAGUUUAUUUUAAUUUCUGAUUGUUGUUUCUUAAAAAAAGGAUUUUAUGCAAACAAGAUAUUGUAUUAUGCUGAGAUUUUCAUGUAAAAACAACCUGUCAUUUGAGUUUAACAGUCUUUUAGACCAUGUUCAAGUAGGCUACCUGACACUGGCCAUCAAUUAGCUGUUGUGAAUGUGCUGUGGGAAGCCGUGUUAUGUUAAAUUAACUGAAAGAUACGGCUUCAAAGACAAACAAUUUAGUGCACUUUUUCAAGUUACCUUUCAUUUUUUUUUUUUUAGAAUAAACACCACUGUUGUAAAUAAGUUUAUUCGGUUUAACAAUGCCUCUCCUAGCGAUGCAGUCCCUCAAUUAAAAUUGUAAUAAUUUCAGUCUCCCUUACAAUUUUUUCAGGAAUUUUAAAGGGAACCUUUUUCUGGUGUUACCAGAUUUUUAAAAGCUAAGGGUACAAAGGUAUGGGAAAGGGCUCCUCUCUUUUUGUUGGAGUAGUCCAAAGGCCUUCCCUGGGAAAAUCUUUAUAUUGGGGUUUCUGUAAAGUGUGUUUUCAGUGACCAAGAGGAGGAGGACCAGGAGCGACCAGGGAAAGACAUUUUUGCCUUAAGCCAUAAGGAUGAGUCCUUUAUUUGCCCACAUUUGCAUCAACCAAACAAAAAGGAUGAAAUGAAGUACCCUGGAAUAAUUACAAUUAUUGGGUGAGGUUUUGCCAUAAGCAAGUUCAAUUACUGUUUUAUCAUUGGGUAACCAGGUUUGUUUUUGAAUGGGCAUCUGCCAUUUUGCUAUUUUCAUACAAUAGUGAUCGCAAGAAGGUGGAAAGUGUGGUUUCAUUUAUGCAUGAGAAGAAUAUUAUUUGCAGCCAAACACAGUUGGAUGAUAUUGUGCAUGAGAAGAGAGUUAUUUGCUGGUCACAUGGUGGGCUCUCCACCAAUGAAAAGGAAGAAACAUUUGCAUCGAAUGAUAAUAUUAUUGCUCCACUUAAAAAAAAUAUUUUCUAUGAGUAACUGCUGCCUCUGUGUCCACUAAAAGGCAACUUUAGCCACUCACCAGAGCUUCUAAAUAACAGUGGAUUAAGACAGGAGUUUUCACUGACACUUGCAAUAACUUCUGUUCAUACACAACAGAAUAAGGGAAAAUCAAACCAGAGACUAAUAAUAUGGUAAUAAAAAAUGGAUGAAAUACUUUAGGGUGC